CCGUCGUAGUUUCGUCGUUUUUUUAUGUAAAAAUUCCAAAAAAUAGAGAGAUUUUAUUUGAAGUUUCUGAAUGUGCAAUUUCCGAAAAACAGGCCACCGAUUCUCAAUUUUCAUUUCAUUGUCUUGAUAGUUGAAUUUUGUAAUAAAUUCAAAGCCAUUUACUUUUCUUCUUCCCUUCUCGCACAUCGAAGAACUCUUGAGCAGUUGAAUUUUUUCUUGUUCAUUUCUCCGAUUUGAUAUCGGAGAAAACAAUCAUGGAUUCCCGACGAUUCCUCGCUUUUUGUCUCUGUUUUCUCUCCGUCUUUACAGGCUUCGCUCGCUUGCCGGAAUUGCGUUCGCAGAAGAAAUCAAGUGGAUCUGUGAUUCGAUUGAAGACGGAUUCAUCUCCGCUCGUUUUCGAUCCAACACGAGUCACUCAACUCUCCUGGGAACCCAGGGCAUUUUUGUAUAAGGGAUUUUUAUCUGAUAAGGAAUGUGAUCAUCUAAUCGAUCUGGCCAAGGAUAAAUUGGAGAAGUCAAUGGUAGCAGAUAAUGAGUCUGGUAAGAGUGUAAGUAGUGAAGUCCGAACGAGUUCUGGCAUGUUCCUUCGGAAAGCCCAGGAUGAGAUUGUUGCUGCCAUUGAGGCCAGGAUAUCUGCAUGGACAUUACUUCCCGCAGAAAAUGGAGAAUCCAUUCAAAUUCUUCACUAUGAGAAUGGUCAAAAGUAUGAACCACAUUUUGAUUUUUUUCACGACAAGGUGAAUCAGGAGUUGGGUGGCCACCGAAUAGCCACAGUCUUGAUGUAUUUAUCCAAUGUUGAAAAGGGUGGAGAAACCAUCUUUCCAAAUUCAGAGUUUAAAGAAUCUCAAGAAAAGGAUGAAAGCUGGUCUGAUUGUGCUCGAAAGGGUUAUGCAGUUAAAGCACGGAAGGGUGAUGCACUGUUGUUCUUCAGCCUCCGUCCCGAUGCAACGACGGAUGUCAAAAGCUUGCACGGUAGUUGCCCUGUAAUUGAGGGCGAGAAAUGGUCUGCAACCAAGUGGAUUCACGUGAGAUCCUUUGAGAAGGCAACUCGUGUAAGUAGGCAGGAUUGUGUGGACGAGAACGAAAAUUGCCAGAUAUGGGCAAAAAGGGGAGAGUGCAAAAAGAACCCGACCUACAUGGUGGGUUCUGAAGAUGCUUUAGGAUACUGUAGGAAGAGUUGCAGAGCAUGUUAAAAACCUAGGAAGAAGAAGUACACAUCUCUAUCUCACUUUUUUUUUUGUUGAUUCUGUGAUGGCUAUGUAUAUAAAAACAUUGGGCAGUAACUGGGUAUACAAUACGAGUGGAUAUUACAUUUCUUUCAUUUAACCCCUUGUAGUAGUAAUUAAUUAGCCACAAGUGUUUCAUUUGGUAAUAAAAGCAAUGAGAAGUUUUCUCAUGUAUGAUGCUUA